AUGAAUGAAGAUAAAUUACCCUUUUCAUCAUCGUCAAUAUCAAAUGAAGAUUAUAUUGAAUAUUUACAUUCGCCUAUGUCAACUAGCACAUCACUAGAAACAACUUCAAUGACAAAUCCAUUUGAUAUGACACGAUCUAUGUUUUUAUCAGAUGAAAAACCUUCGAAUGCUGAUUUAUCUAUCGAUAAAAUUUAUGAUCAUACAGAUCGAUUGGUUGAAAAUGCUUUUAAUACAAAGCAUGUAUCACCUACAAUAUCUUCGCAUGAGCCAUUAACUACCAAAAAAGAAUCUUUCGUGACGGAAUUUAACUUAGUUCAUCAAUCAGAUCAAAGUUUUUCGAGUUUUGAUAACAUCGAACCAACACAGCUUCCUUCAACUGUUAUCCAUGAGAAUACCACCCUGUCAAUGUCUAAAUAUUUUUCAAACAUUAAUGUUUCUCAUUCUUCUUCUGAUUUCGAAUUACUUGCAACUCCAUCUGAUCCAUCAGUAUUAGAGAUUAAUGACAAUCAGAUCCAUUCUUCUUCACUAAAGACUAGUGAUGUAAUGAUUCCGAAUAUUCUUCUCGACACUACUCUACUUCAAAAUCAAUCUUAUUCGACCACUACUAUGAGUUUUAAUUACAAUCUUCACGAUGAUCUUAAUGAUGAAUUUCAAGUAAUCACAAAUCAAUCGAUAAAAAAUAUACAAAAUGAAACACUAUUCAUGACAGUCACUAAUUUCAUCCAUACAGAGAUGGAAAAUGAAAAUAAUCAAACUAAUGCUUCAUCGAUAUUGAUAGACGUUAAUAUAUCCACUACCCUACACUCAUCAUCACCAUUUCUUCUAUCCAGCACAGUCCCUAUUCUCACCAUUGAUUCUCAAUUAUCAUCACCACUUCACCCUUCACUUUCACAUUCAAGCACGACAUUAACAAAAAUCAAUCGAUUAUCAUCGUCAAAAUACUUUUCAGCAACAACUACAACAAUAUCUGCGCCUCCCACUAUGUUGCCAUCAUCAUCUAUUAAUCUGCUACAAACGACUGAUCUAUCUACAUCGUCAGAUAUUACUGAGAAAAAUUCCAUUUCUAUUUUCUUUGACGAAUCAUUUUCUUCAAGUUAUACAUCAACUACUUCCUCUUUAUCAUCCACUGCAACUAAUGAACAAUUCAUAUCGAAAUUUUCAAACAUUUUCUACGACGAGUCACUUACAUCUACAAUAUCUUUAGAAUCAAGUACGACCGAUUAUACAAUCCUUUCAACUAUCGUCACUACUAGUACUAAUUUGGAUUUAACCACGACAGUCCAAACAAAUGAGUAUUCAAGUCUUCGAUUAGAAACUACAAAUGAUGAACAGAAUCUUGUAAUUACCAAUGAAGAUUCUGAAAUACACACUUCGUUCCAAUCUUCAUCAGAAAUAACAUCAACUAUUUUUCUUGAUGUCCAUAAUUCCGAAACUGAACAUUCCACUCUCGUUGUAACUUAUCCAUCGACACGAUCUCGUCGACCGACAAGAAGACGAACUAGCAAAUUAUCAACAAUAUCGACAACUACUUCCACAAAGUCCACAGAUGUAUAUCGAACUCGUAGACGAAAAAUAACACAUUGGAAAUCACGAAUAUCAACUGUUAAUACAAGUACUUCUUUAGUUCGGACAUCCACCAUCAAUCAUCAAUUCUUAACUUCUACUCCAUUUUCUAUUGACCGUUCAAACUCAACGUCUCUUCAACAACAAAUGAUUGUAAUUAAACCAUCUAUAAACAUAAAUUCAUCAAAUACACUGUUAUCAAAUGAAUUAUUCAAUAAACUAUUCAAUAGUACAACAAAUUCUUCUACUGAAAAAAUUAUUUAUUUUAAUUUACUUGAUAUUCCACCAUCAUCAUGGAAUUUUGCAUUAAAUACAAAUGAAAGUAUUGUUUUCGAUAUAGCAGUACCAUCUUCUUCUUAUUCAUCAAAUUUUCAUAGAACAACAAAUUUAACAAUUACAAAUGUUGAAGCAAAUCGUUUAUCAACAAAUAUUAUUGGUUCACCAGUUAAUUUGCAAGUUGAUAAAGUUCAAGCAAAAAAAUUUUCAUUAGCAAUGAAUCAAGGAAAUAAUGAAACAAAUCAAUCAUUAUCUGAUGUGAUUAUUGGUUAUAUUAAAACUGAACAAUUUGAAUUAAAAUUAACAAAGUUAGAUAAUAUGAAUAUGCAUAUUCAACAAAUUGAUUCUGAAACAGCUGAAAUUUAUUUUGAUAGUCAAUUUUGUACAGAUGAAAAUAAUCUAGAAAUAAAUUUAAAGCUUUCAAAAGCUGGAACUGUUCGUUAUGGUAAUCGAACACCAAGUCAUAUAGGACCAGUUUUUACUCGAUUACAUAUGCUAAGACAAUCAUGUGACCUUGAUCAACCGUUAAGAUUCUUUUUUGAUAUAUGUCAAAGUGAAAAUCCAUGUUUGAAUGGUGGUACUUGUGAAUCUCUUCUACCAGAUUAUGAUAAUAAAUUUUCUUCUCUUAAAAAAACAACAGAAGUUCAUUAUCAAUGCAUUUGUCCCUUAUACAUAACAGGUGAACAUUGUCAAUAUUUAAGAUAUCCCUUUGGUUAUUGUGUUAAUGGUGGAAAUUUAGUUGAGAUUGUUGAUUUAAAUAUCAACUCCAAACAAAAAUGUUUAUGUCCACAAGGUUUUCAAGGUGAUCAUUGUGAAGAUAAUAUUGAUGAUUGUAUAAAUAUAAAAUGUUCUAAUCAUGGAAUAUGCCUCGAUGAUAUUAAUUCGCAUAGGUGUUCAUGUUUUGAUGGAUAUUAUGGGAAUGAAUGUGAAGAAAGAAGAGUACAAAUGCUUUUAAUACAAGUUGCAAGUAAAUCAUUUGCUAGUGUAGCGAUUUUAUUAAUUAUUUCUAUUGGUUGUCUUGUUAUUGCAAGUGAUAUUCAUACUUAUUUAACAAGAAAACAAAAAAAACGUUAUAGAUCAAAUAAAAUUCCACGUGUUGCAUCAGAAUUAUUUGAAAAUUCAGUUCUUUUACUUGGUUUUAGUGAUGCUCCUAUGGAAAUGAGUGAUUUAUCAGCAAUCAACAUCAAAAGACAAUCUAAGAAAAUCAAACAAUAUUCAAUGAAUAUAGGAAAAAAAUCUGGUUAUCGAAGUAUCACAAGAGGAAAAUAUAUCAAAACAUUACGAAAACCAACAUCAAAAAGUUAUAUAUUAUCAAAUCCAACUUAUCAAAAAAUUUAA